AAUCAGAAAGCGACGGAGAGGAAGAGAGACGAGAUGAAACAAAAAGUUGAAGCGAGAGAGACAAGGGAAGGCGGGCGCAGACAACAUCGAGAUUGGCGACAAGACAAGACGAAGCCUAUCCGACAAACUCCACCUCGCUAGGGCGAAGCUUCGCCCGGUAGCUGAUCUCAAGCUAGUCGUAGCGACGCUUAUUCAGCUUUCUUCAACGGAACUCGGAAUCGGCUGCUGCUGAAGUUGAAUUUUUGAGACUUCAGUGGGUUGGAGUAUGACAAGCAACAUGGAAACUGUACAUGUCGACGCUGGAGCUGUUUCAGAAAAAAGGCGAUCGGAUUUGAUUCGAUGGUUGAAUACUCUUUUCGUGGGUUUGAAUAUGCCUACGGGAUCGUCGGAGGAAGAACUGAGAGCUCUGCUGUUAGAAGGCAGUGUUUUCUGUGGAAUUUUGAGCCGGAUCAGUCCAAUUUUUUCGGAGGUAUGACUAUGAAGCGGAUGGUUCUCCUGAGAAACGGUUGAUAAACAUCAAAAAGUUUAUCUCAGUUGUUGAGGAAAUGGGAUUCCCCAGUUUUAGACUUGUGGAUCUGGAGCAGGCAUCUAUAUCUAGAGUUGUGGAAUGCCUUCUAUCCAUCAGGGAUCACUUAAACUUAGACGUUGUUGAAGUUUCUCCUCCUGACCUGAACCAAUCUGAAAUCCAGCUAAGAAAGACGUGGAAAUUUCCAAAAGGGUCAUCCUUUGAAUUUCGUCGUGGGCAUAAUUUUCAUGAAGUUUUUCAGUUGAGACAAGGGCAUAAUUCUGGUCUUACACCUGCCAAAGUUACAGAAGUGUUAAAAUCAAACUGUUUAGAUAAUGCCCCAACUCAAUCACUUUUAAGCAUUACAAAUGGAAUUCUAGAUGAAAGCAUUGAGAGAAAGAAUGGGGAGAUAUCUCAACAUGUAGCAUUUUUAUUGAGAAGAGUUAUGCAAGAGAUUGAGCGUCGUAUUUUAACUCAAGCUGAACAUAUAAGAAAUCAAAAUAAUCUCAUUAAAGCGCGUGAAGGAAAGUACUUGUUAAGAAUUAGGGUGCUAGAAGAACUAGCAAGAGGGACACAUGAAGAAAAUCAGAUAAUCAUGAACCAGCUCUUGCUGAUAAAGGCAGAAAAAAAUAAGAUAGUAGAAAGGGAAAAAAAUGGAAAGCAAGAUAUGAUUAGGUUGUCUAAGACAAAAGAAGACAUGGAUAAUGUGAUUGCAGAGCUGAAGAGGGAAUUGGAGAUGAGUCACAAAAAUUAUGCACGAUGCUGCCAAGAAAUGGAGGACAAAACAAACAAAAUCAAGGGCCAGUUAGACAAGAAGACAAAGGAAGUUGAAUUCCUUCUAGAAGAAUCGAAAAAGAAGAUUGGAGAACUUGAAGAAACUUCAAAAUCUCAAUUAAAUAGCUGGCAAAAUAAGGAAAACAAAAUUGGAAAUUUCAUACAUUCUCAACUGCAAUUGAUGCAGGACUUAAUGGAAUCAUCUAGCUCAAUCAAGCAGGAAAUCAUUCAUUCUCAGACAAAAUUCCAGGAUGAGAUCAUUAAUUUGGGAUUGAAUCUGAAAGUGUUAUCAGAUGCUGCUGAUAAUUAUCAUAAAAUUCUUGCAGAAAACCAUAAAUUUCAUAAUGAGGUCCAGGAAUUAAAAGGGAAUAUUAGAGUAUAUUGCCGCAUUAGACCAUUCCUUUCUGAUCAAAAUGCGAAGUCGACGACCAUAUAUUAUUUUGGCGAUAAUGGUGAGCUCCUUAUCAGGAAUCCCUACAAACAAGGAAAAGAUGGACACAGGAUGUUCAAGUUCAACAAAGUCUUUGGUCCUACUGCAUCUCAAGCUGAAAUAUUCUCGGAUAUUCAACCAUUAAUAAGAUCUGUUCUUGAUGGCUACAAUGUAUGCAUUUUUGCAUAUGGUCAGACUGGUUCUGGGAAGACAUACACAAUGAGUGGUCCUAAUUUAGAAUCAAUGGAGGAUUGGGGAGUGAACUACCGAGCUUUGAAUGACCUUUUUGAGAUUUCUGAAAGGCGGAGAAAUAAUUAUUUAUAUGAAGUUGGAGUCCAGAUGGUUGAAAUUUACAAUGAACAAGCGCGCGAUCUUCUUUCAGGAGAUGGUUCUCAUAAGAGACUUGGUAUUUGGAGUAUCACUCAACCAAAUGGACUUGUUGUUCCUGAUGCUAGCAUGCAUCCUGUCAAAUCAACCUCUGAUGUUCUGCAAUUGAUGCAUAUUGGACAAACAAACCGAGCCGUAGUUUCAACUGUUCUCAAUGAACGAAGUAGUAGAUCUCACAGUAUCCUGACUAUCCAUUGUCGAGGUGUGGAUUUGAAGAUUGGAUCUACAUCGAGGGGUUGUCUUCAUUUGAUAGAUCUUGCAGGUAGUGAAAGAGUUGAACAUUCUGAGGCAACUGGAGACAGAGUCAAGGAAGAACAGUAUAUCAACAAAUCUUUGUCUGCUCUUGGAGAUGUUAUAUUUGCUUUGGCACAAAAAUCUACUCAUGUUCCAUACAGAAACAGUAAAUUAACACAAAUUCUUCAAAGUUCUUUAGGUAAACAAGCAAAGACACUUAUGUUUGUUCAAAUAAAUCCAGACAAUGAAUCAUAUUCCGAGACUAUCAGUACUCUAAAGUUUGCUGAAAGAGUGUCUGGAGUUGAGUUGGGUCCAGCACGAAGCAACAAAGAUGACAAGGAUGUCAAAGAUUUAUUAGAACAGGUGGCAUUUCUCAAAGACACAAUAUCUAGGAAGGAUGUAGAAAUUGAACAGAUGCAGAUGCUGAUAGAUCAUCAGACUGUAUCGCAUGAGUCAACAAAUGAGAAGUAUGCAGUGUUAGGACACUCUUCAUCCACUCCUGGUAUCCGUCCCUCAGAAGAAGAAACUACAAGUUCUCGUUUGCCUCAUGGCAUGCUAGUAACAACUGAUAAUUUUGCCUCAUAUCUUGAGAAUCAAACUCAAUUUAGUGAAAACGAUGACACAUCUAAUGGAGGGGAUAAAGGGCAGAUCUUGCAAGCUGGUUCUGACCUUGUUGGAUACAGAGAUGCAGAUUUAGAAGACAGAAUUAGUGACAUAUCUGAUAGUGUCAUAUCAAUGAUGACAGAAACAGAUGGUUCUGUAACCAGUUCCACUGAUUUUUCAUUAUCCCCUGGUACUAACAAAUCAGAAGAGAAGAAAACAGGGAAGCUAGCUAAGUUUCAGUCAAGAUUUUCUAAAACGGUAGCAAAGGUAGGACAAUCAAUAACUUCCAGGACGAAGUUGAAAGAACCCUCAAACUCUGGAGGCACAAGCAAAGCAACAAGCAAUAGCAACCAGGCAACAGCUACCAUGAAGCCUACAAAACACUGGCACUAGAAAAAGUAGAUCCACAGAGCAAAUCGAUGGGAGGUCGAAAGAAGUUUAGAAUGCAAUGUAUGUGCACUUCAUCUGUCGAUAUGAACUCUAUAGGUCGAAAUCUGUAUCAAAGGUCAAGUGAUAGUUCUGUUUAGGUUGUAAUAUGUAUCAAAAUGAUGUAUAGAAAAUUGUUCAAAUGUCUGAAGAGCAAUUACCAUGGUAAUUCUCAAAAUGACCCAAGGAGACACCUUUUUCAAUAUGCUCCUAAAAUUUUAUUGACGUUGGGAGUAAGUACUCUUGAAUA